AUGGCCGCCCUCAACGCAGACACCCUUAACAUGUCCUUGUUCUUCGGAACAGAGGCCCAGAAGCAAGAUUUCUGCGACUCCCUCCUACGCAUGCUCAAGAAGCGAGGAGGUGUCAAGCUCCAGAACCACGACAUCCCCUCGGAAGACAUCCACGAACUCUUCGCUCAGACGAAGCGCUUCUUCGACCUCCCCCUUGAGACAAAGAUGAUCGCCAAGCACCCUCCCCAGGCUAACCCCAACCGCGGCUACUCCUUCGUCGGCCAGGAGAACAUCGCCAACAUCAGCGGCUACGAGAAGGGUCUUGGACCCCACACGACCCGCGACAUCAAGGAGACGGUCGACUUUGGCUCUGCGAAUGAUGAGCUUGUUGAUAACCUCUGGGUUCCCGAGGAGAAGUUGCCUGGCUUCCGCAAGUUUAUGGAGACUUUCUAUGAGAAGGCUUUCAAGACUGAGCUGAUACUUCUGGAGGCUCUUGCUAUUGCUCUCGGUAUCUCGCCUGAUCAUCUCAAGUCUCUGCACAACCGCGCCGAGAACGAGUUCCGCAUUUUACACUACCCCGCCGUCCCAGCUUCCGAACUCGCCGACGGUUCCGCCACACGUAUCGCCGAGCACACCGACUUUGGCACCAUCACCAUGCUCUUCCAAGACUCCGUCGGCGGUCUGCAGGUUGAGGACCAAGAAAACCUGGGCCACUUCAACAACGUCGAGUCCGCCGCGCCCACAGACAUCAUCCUCAACAUCGGUGACUCCCUCCAGCGCCUGACAAAUGAUACCUUCAAGGCGGCUUGCCACCGUGUGACAUAUCCCCCCUCGAUCAAGGCCGGGGAUGGCGAGCAGGUUAUUCCCGAACGUUACUCGAUUGCCUACUUUGCCAAGCCCAACCGCAGCGCUUCUUUGUUCCCGCUCAAGGAGUUUAUUGAGGAGGGUGUGCCGUGCACCUAUGAGGACGUUACUGCUUGGGAGUGGAACAACCGUCGCAUUGAGAAAUUGUUUUCCGGGGCCUAA